GCCCGACGACCACUUGGUCAGUGCCGACGAAGAAGAAGGAGCAAGUGGUCACCGGCGGAUCCACACCGACAGACUAUGGCCACCAACACAUCGUACUCUCCAAAUGGCAUGACUGAGAUCAUCGUCACCCGGCGCAACUCGUUCAACGGCCUCACGAUCACGACCUCGUCCCUCUCGUCGUCCUCAACAUCGCAUCACCUCCUUCGACCAGCGCGCAACUCUCACUCGGGGAUCGUGCACGACGUCGGCAUCGUGUCCACGGCUGGGUUCACGUAUGACAGUAUCUACGUGAUGGACAAGGUCGUGGUGAGCCAUGGCACGGUGUACUACCUCCUCCACGUCGCAUCGCAAGCGUAUCCGCUGGAAUCCUACACGAUUCGCCGCCGGUACAACGACUUCAAGACGUUCCAUGCGUCGCUUUCUCGCCACAUGAGGCCGGAACCGUUCUCGUUGUUCAAGGGCGGCCAUCACUCGACGAACUCGCCCACCCACUCGAUCGACGAAGAUCACGCGUUCUCGUUCUCGCCGUCGUCAACCACCAGUCAUUGGCAGCUGCAACCACAGCAACAACCACCCAACGACUCGGGGGACGUCGCCGCCACAUUAGACACGAUUACAUCAUCCUCCCUUCCCUACAUCGAAGAGGACGACGUCGUGUACCUUCCGCCCAUGCCGCACGGAGGUCUGUUGACCAUCAUGACGUCCAAGGAAUCCCUCGUCCGCGGCCGCAUUGCCCAGUUCAAUCGCAUCUUGCAAGCCGCGCUCGACGACACGUCGGCGCCAGUGGCGGACGCGCUCAAGACGUUCAUCAAGCAAGCACCCGGGGGACGGACCAGCCGCCCCAGCUCGUUCGCCGACUCGUCCUCCCGAUCCCUGCCCACAUCGUCGCAUUAUGUAUCUUUGCGAGACUACGUUGUCCCAGAACUUUGCGUGAAACUCGAACGAGAAGCCCGCCGACGCACGGCGUCCACCAGUCGGUCCCGCGCGCUGCCCGACGACCUCGGCGCUGGAUCGUUUCACAGCCGCGACAGCACCACCUCCACAUGCUCUGCCACGACCGCCGCGCCCGUGUGCAUGGCCUAACAUAUGUUGGGCGAUGUUUAAGUUAUAAAGAAACGGGUUAUAUUGUGAAUUCGCUUGAAACUUGCAAAAUUCGAGCGGUUUGUCUAAUCUCAAUAUUGAAUCGAG